UAAAUUUUUAAACUUUUAAUUCGUUAUCAGGCGCAUUUCCUUAUCAAUUAAGUUACAACAAAAAUCUAAAUAAUGUCCGAAAGCGACUCCAGUUGGCUGGACACCGCCAUCGACGGGUUAACGCAGUUUGACCGAAACGUGACGACCCUGCUGGACGCCCUAAACUCCGAGUCGACCGGCAGGCAAGCCGGCCAAUCUCAGUCGCUGGACGAGGACAUAACCGCCCUGGAGGCUUCCAGCAGCGCUCUCUGUGGCUCGCUGGGCAAGCUGCUGGAGGUCGUGAUUCCGAGGAUUAGUGAGGAAAUCAGUUCGAAAAAUGAGGAGUUGGAGAAUCUCCGCGUUGCUUACCGUAACUACGAGCGGCUUCUAGCGUCCAGAGAUGAGAAAAUCAAGCGUUUGGAGGCGGAACUAAGCAAGGCUAAAGACCAAGCGCUGAGCCAGUUCGAGUCCAUUUCCUGGAUCGGUUCGACGAUGGGCGCUCUGCUGUGGAAGGCGUGCAAGCAACGGGAUUCGGUUCGGGCGCUGGUCGGCACGGACAAUCUGCAGGACUUUCUGCCGAUGGCAAACUGCGUGCUGGACAGUUACGUCGCGAGUUUGAACGCCGGAAUCGGGCUGUCCGCGGACUCGGAGGAUUACAAGUUUAUGGCGGCGGUUUUUGGGACGUUGGUGAAUCUGGCCGCGCAUCCCGAGGGUCGUCAAUAUCUUGCAGGGGAGGUGAGUGCGCUCGGGUUCGCAACCAACGCGUUGAGCUCGGUGAAUCUGUUCCGGGCGCCGGACGGAAGAUGGUUGCGGCGGAUGACGCUGACCUACGUGUACAACAUCUGCCUGGAGGAAGCGGGGGUGGAGUUUAUGGUGACGGAUAAGGGACGGCUGCAGGGCGUGGUUAAUUGUUUGGGUUGCGGGAACGCCGAGGACGUUCUGAUUUUGGCGGUUAAUUUGCUGCUGAUGUUGAUAAAGGCGAUGUCUGAGGCGAGGGGGAAGGUGGCCCUUUGUCAGAUGAUUCCGAAAGGGACGGUGAGGCAGUUGGCGCUGAGGGACAAACCGGAGCUGAAGGAACCUGCGGCGUAUUUGCUGCAGUUGAUCGAGUUUGAUUGGAUAAGAGCGGCUGGGAAUUAGUUGUGACGGAAGAUAUUUAU